AUGAAUUAUUUAAAUGAAGUAAAGUUAUGGAGUGAAGAAAAAGUAGGAGAAUGGCUUAAAUCGAAUAAUUUUGGAGACUAUGUUGAUAUUUUUAAAGAAAACAAUGUUAAUGGGGAUAUUCUUUUAGAAUGUAAUGCAGCAUUAUUGAAGGAAUUAGGCAUUAAGAAGCUAGGUGAUCGUAUUAAACUUUCAGUAUGUAUCAAGAAAUUGAGAGAAAAGUGUAUUGAAUCAGCAAGAAAAGCUAAAAUGAGUUUUUUAAUGAUAGAUAAUCGGAUAUCAGAGUUUCCGUUUACGUCUCAAAGUCCUACAGAUCCUUUAAUCCCAGUUAAAUCAGGAGAUUUAAUUUCUCCUACAUCAAAUUUUCAACUUGACAAUCCUUAUAAUGAUGCAUGUUGUUUUGAUUCGUUAAACAAUUCUCAUUCUUUUCUAUCAAAUGCGUCACAUUCUACGAAAAGUUUAAGCAAAGAUUCUUUUACUAGCACACAAAGAGUUUUUGAAAAAUCACCUAUAUUUUCUGAAAUAAAUAUUAUGCAAUCUAAUUCUAUCAAAAAGAAUUGUCUCAAAUUUAUUGGAGAAAAAGGACAAACUCGAAUUGUAAAUAUUAGUCGUUGUCAUACAGCAGAAGCUAUUUUGUCUAAAGCACUUAAAAAAUUCAAUAUAAUUGAAGAUCCUAGUGAAUGGAGAGUUUUUAUUACAAAUGAGGAUGGAUCAUUUGAAUGUAUUUCCAAUGAUACACUUUUAACCAUUUCUCGUCAAUUAUCAAGGCCAGAGAGAGAACGACUUAUUUUAAAAAGAAAAAGUGAUCCAUUAACAUUAGAAGAAUUUAGAAAAUCACAAACAAUUGCAAGAGAACAACAAGAUGCUAUAUAUCAUACUGCUGUAAUGGCAAAAACAUCAGGUAAUUUGAGAAAAUUGGAAACAUUUUUUGGAGAAAAACUUACACCGACAUUUACUUCAUCUUUUACUACCCCAUUACCUUCACCAUUACCAAAAGAUAACAAAUAUGGGAAUAUAAAGCAUAUAAGAAAUUUUUUUGGCCAACGUCCUCCUAGCGAACUUAUUAAUUCAAAUUUAGCAGAGUAUUUUCCUGGUCAUGAGAAAAAAGUUUUAGAACAAACUAUUAAAAAUUCUAUUAAAUCUACUCAUUUAAAUUCUUUUAGAGGACCAAAUUUUAGCACAUCUAGUUCUACUUUAGCAUAUGAUAUUUCAUCUAUUCCUACGGUUGGAGAAGCAUGGAUUCAAUUUGAAGGCCAAAGAUUAUCAGAGAUUGGCCGUACUUUUUCUUUAUCACGUUUUAUUUCUACUCGAUUUCCUACAUUACUUGAGUCAUCUAUUUUAAAGGAAAAUAGUUCUCAUCACACAUUAUCUUUAUCAAAAUCGAAUACAGAAGAUAACACACAGGAUAUCAAACCCAUUUUUUGCAAAAAAUCAGAAGAAAAGGCUUUUCCGAAUGAAACUUUCAAGUCAGAAUCUCCUAAUGUCCUAGGUGAGCCUUUAAUACUUUCCGAUAUUUAUAAUACAAGUUUGGAAACAGCUAGAGAUGUCUUGGAUGAUAAUAUUUUUGAAAAUAAUGAAAACAAGGACUUUAACUUUGAAAAAGAAGUAGAAAAUAAUAAUACCGGCCCUACAAGAUGGAUUAAGGGUGCUUUAAUAGGAAGUGGCUCUUUUGGAAGUGUAUUUUUAGGAAUGAACGCUUUAAGUGGAGAAUUAAUGGCUGUAAAACAAGUUGAAAUACCGUCUUUUGAUAUUCAGGGAUGUAAAAGAAAAAAAGCCAUGUUAGAUGCUUUACAAAGAGAGAUUUCACUACUUAAAGAAUUGCAUCAUGAAAAUAUAGUUCAAUAUCUUGGCUCAAGCAUGGACGAAACCCAUUUAACGUUCUUUCUUGAAUAUGUUCCUGGGGGAUCUGUCACUGCAUUGUUAAAUAAUUAUGGAGCUUUCGAAGAGCCUUUAAUUAGAAAUUUUGUACGACAAAUUCUUAAAGGAUUAAACUAUUUACAUAACAAAAAAAUCAUUCAUAGAGACAUUAAGGGCGCAAAUAUUUUGGUUGAUAACAAGGGAGGAAUUAAAAUAUCAGACUUUGGUAUAUCUAAAAAAGUUGAAGCUAACCUAUUAUCCAUGACAAGAAAUCAACGCCCAUCCUUACAAGGAUCUGUUUAUUGGAUGGCUCCUGAAGUUGUAAAACAAACUUUAUAUACCAGAAAAGCUGAUAUAUGGUCACUCGGCUGCUUAAUAGUAGAAAUGUUUACAGGAGAGCAUCCUUUUCCAAAAAUGAAUCAGUUACAAGCCAUAUUUAAGAUUGGACAGUACGUGUCCCCUGAAAUACCAGAACACUGUACAUCGGAAGCUAGACAUUUUUUAGAAAAAAUAUUUGAACCCGAUUAUCAUGCACGACCUACUGCUGCAGAUUUACUUAAAUAUAGUUUUUUAGGACCUAUGGUUUCUAGUCCUCUGACCGAUGCAAAAAAAUAA